UCUCUGCUGCCAACGUCACACGGGUGCUGAAACUCUGGUAAAGUAGUGAUGUUGUACUUGUCCAUGCCGCCGCCUUCACCUGCAUCCACGCUCCACUGAGGCUUCUCUUCCGCAGGAGAACCCCGGUGAGCGACUCCCCACACAUGGAGGUGACCGCGGAAGGUGUGGCGGUACCACUGGAGAUGUCACCUGUCCCGGAAGAGGACGGUUUGAACAGCGACGGUGACUACGAGAGCUUACCUGCUCAUGUCUCAGUGGUCAACCACAUGACAGCCGGAGCCGUGGCUGGUAUCCUGGAGCACACGGUGAUGUACCCCGUGGACUCUGUCAAGACGAGGAUGCAGAGCUUGCAGCCAGACCCAAAUGCCCAGUACAGAGGUGUGUAUCAGGCUCUGAAAAAGAUGGUUCAGACCGAAGGGGUCUUCAGACCGCUGAGAGGCCUCAACAUCACUAUGAUAGGAGCAGGACCGGCCCAUGCCCUCUACUUCGCCUGCUACGAGCGGGUCAAACGCUCACUGAGUGAUGUCAUCCAGAGUGGAGGGAACAGCCACCUAGCCAAUGGGGUGGCAGGAAGUGUGGCCACUGUUCUCCAUGACGCAGUGAUGAACCCAGCUGAAGUGAUAAAGCAGAGGAUGCAAAUGUACAACUCGCCAUAUCGCGGACUCUGGGAUUGUGUUCAAACUAUAACACGGGCCGAAGGUGUCGGUGCCUUUUACCGCAGCUACAGCACACAGCUGACCAUGAACAUACCAUUCCAGGCCGUGCACUUCAUCACCUACGAGCUAAUGCAGGAGCAGCUAAACCCCCACAGACAUUACCAUCCUGGGAGCCACAUUGUGUCAGGAGCGGCGGCUGGAGCUGUGUCUGCAGCGAUAACUACUCCACUGGAUGUUUGUAAAACGCUGCUCAACACACAGGAGAAUGUAGCACUGAGCUCUAUGAACAUCAGCGGACACCUGACAGGAAUGGCCAAUGCCUUCAGAACAGUGUACCGACUCGGUGGUCUGGCGGGAUUCUUUAAAGGAAUCCAGGCACGGGUGAUAUACCAGAUGCCAUCCACUGCUAUAGCCUGGUCAGUGUACGAGUUUUUCAAAUACUUCCUGUCGAAACAGUAGGUGCAAUUAAAAUUGACUGACAAAAGGAAGGCAAACUCUGAAAAACAAACAUCAGUUUAUUGUGUGAAUAGCAUCAGAGGCUGUCUCACGUGAAGGUGCAGCAGAGAAUGGUGUGUGUGUUCUCAUAUUUACUGUGUGUUUUUGUUAUUGUGGUUUCUCUUUCUUUGAGUUGUGAUG